CUGGUGGGGCUGUUUGAAGACACGAACCUGUGUGCCAUCCACGCCAAGCGCGUGACCAUCAUGCCCAAAGACAUCCAGCUGGCCCGCCGCAUCCGCGGGGAGCGGGCUUAAGGCAUUUUUUUUUUACGUAGACUAUCUUAAAGGCUCUUUUCAGAGCCACUCACCUUUUCAAAAGGAGCAGUUGUACCACCUCUCAGCCAUGUCGGUGGGCUCGUUAUGCACAGGUGUUAAGGGUAAAGGGGAUCAAGUAAUCUUGUAUGUGUUGGUGAGGUUACAGAAUUAAAGCCGACAGACGCCAGAGGGAGCAUCAGGCAAAAUCUAGGUCGUCAUGGCCAAGUGCUGACGUGAUUUCUGAAGUCCAGAGGGCUAAGCUUGCUGCUUACGUGGGAAAACUGCAAGAGGAUAGUCUGCUCUACGCAGUUUUUGCUUUAUUUUUUUGGAACGCCUUUCAAGCUGCUAGUUAAAAAUGUUAGCACAAGUUUGAAUACAGAAAUUGACAGUAGAAGGCCGGUAUUAUAACUGGGGGGAUCUGGGAUCUGGGUUUUCAGAUCGACAGCAGUUCUAGGUCUAGGCUGGAUGUCAAACACCCGGUAGUUUCCUGGCGUUUCAACUGAUAAAAAAGGGCAAGAGACAGUGCUGAGUCCCGAGGUGUCUUCCUCACUGCGUUAAGACAGGAGGCGCAAAAGGUAAAAAUAAAUAUUUAAGUGGGCUGAGGUUUGGUUGCAAAAAUCAAAAUCAGACUUCCACAAGUGGUAUAGCGGAGUAAUACGAUGCAAAAAUAAAAUUUAACUUUCCCUUAGCUGGCGCUUCAGAUCUCUACGUAUACAAGUCAACCAGUAAAAGUUAAAAUCAACAAAACAGGUGAAACUACACUUUACAUAUUUACUGGUUAGUGUGAAAUAGAACAUUUUGAUUGGUUAACAAGACUUUUGUUCUAAGGACCACUAAGGAAGCGAGACCGAACCUUAUUUACAUGGACUCCACCCUUCUAUGACGGCACUGUUGGAUAUUAACCAAUAAACACGCAGUACUGAGUUAGUCUUCAUUUGCAUACAGGCUCUAUAAGUAGCGCGUAACCGACCAGCUUGGAUGUAGUCAGCAUCAUUUUUGUGGGCGCGUGGGCUUUCUUCGUGCAGAAAUGCCGGAUCCAGCAAAAUCUGCUCCUGCUCCUAAAAAAGGGUCUAAAAAGGCUGUAACAAAAGUGCAGAAGAAGGAUGGCAAAAAGCGCAAGCGAAGCCGCAAGGAAAGUUACUCUGUGUAUGUAUACAAAGUGCUGAAACAGGUUCAUCCAGACACCGGCAUCUCGUCCAAGGCCAUGGGCAUCAUGAACUCCUUCGUCAACGACAUCUUCGAGCGCAUCGCGGGCGAAGCGUCCCGCCUGGCUCAUUACAACAAGCGCUCGACCAUCACGUCCCGGGAGAUCCAGACGGCCGUGCGCCUGCUGCUGCCCGGCGAGCUGGCCAAGCACGCCGUGUCCGAGGGCACCAAGGCGGUCACUAAGUACACCAGUUCCAAGUAAGGGUGCUCAAGGGACGAAAUAGAACAUCUACCUUACCCCAAAGGCUCUUUUCAGAGCCACAUAACUUAUCAGAGAAAGUGGCUGUAAGCACUUGGUUAGAAGGUUGGUCAGAUAGUGAUCUCGAGUGCAUGUGCAUUUUUUGGGAUUUGGAGUUGAGAGGGAGGUGAAGAUGGUCUUUGCUUUUAAAAUUGGGAUCUUCCUAUGAGGCUCGAGGUGCCACCUAGUGGCAGACAUCACCUUGCUAGUAACAAAUGAUUAGUCACCAGGGUGGUCCCUAUCUAGUCCUCAGUGGGAGCUUUAAGUAGAGAGCUGGCCGGGCUUUCCUCUUACCACUUCAUCCCUUUGUCCCUAAAUGUCUCAAGUCCUUUGUUGAGUAGUAAACAAGCUGGGAUUUAUUUUAUCCUAUCACACAGAGUCCUCAAUUAACUAGUCCCAGCUACUAAGGUUUUACUCAGUUUUCAAUACACACCUUUCAAACUUUCUCCUAUAUAGCCACAUGCUUUAGUAUGCAAGUUGGCCUACCUGUAAAUCUCAACAUAGCCAUCCUUCCCUAACUUCCUUCUAGCCCAGUGACCCUCAGCCAGAUAGACUUUGCCCCUCCACCCCAUGGAACAUUUGGUAAUAUCUGAAGACAUUUUUGUUGCCACUUAGGGGGAGGGGUGCUACUGGCAUCUAGCUGGGGAUACUUUAAACAUCUUGUAAUGCACAGGACAGCCCCCACAACCAAGAAUUAUCUGGUCCAUAAUGUUGACUCUUGUAAAAAGGUCGAGAGACCAGUGCUCAGAGUUCCCUUCCUUCAAGAUUUUUUUUUUUUUUUCCUUUGAGGAUUUAAUCCUCACUUAGGUUAAACUUUUCCCCAGCCCUAGGCAGCCACUGUUACUGCUCUUGGUGAAAGCUAAGCAGCACAUAGGUCCUGUGAUUGUUUACACGCCACAAGAAAAUUACCAGGGCCAUGGCUAUCAUGAAGCUUGUCUUGGUUCUGUAACAAAGUUUCCUGGUUAUAAGAACCACCUAUGUGCUUCCUAAACAUGCUUCUAGGUACCUCUCCUGAAGUUCCCUGGUCAUGUUGGAGGUGGGAGGCUGGGAAGUGGUUUUUAGUGUUCUCCAGAGUAUUUUUUAAAAAUAGAUUGGGGGGGGGCAUAAUGCAUAAAAGGGCAUAAUUAAACAUGUGGGAUGGAUUUCCGAGGCCCUCUCUGUUCAAAAUUUGCAUAACUCAAGACUAAUCCUGACCAAGGCUAGGUAUUUUACCAAAUAAGAUAUACCUUUGAGGCAAAAGGGAAAAUCUUAGUUUCCAAUUCACUUGACAGUCAAGUUUUGAAACUAAGCCGUUCUUGGUAACCUGAGUGGGAGGGGGGCAUUUACAUGACUUUGUGCUUAAAGCAAAUUUUAUUAAUUUAUAAUGUAGGAGUUCACAUUUACAUCCAAUUAAAAGUUGCAUAACAUGG